AUGGAAGGUGUGAAGGUGAAGGUGGAGGAUGAGAGCACCGCCGCCACCGGGAUUUCAUCGUCUUCUUCAUCCUCUUCUCCGCAGCCGAUGGAGGGGCUGCACGAGGUGGGGCCUCCUCCUUUCCUGACCAAGACUUAUGAAAUGGUGGAGGAUCCUUCUACUGAUGCCGUCAUUUCGUGGAGUAAGGCCAAAAACAGCUUCAUUGUGUGGGAUUAUCACAAAUUCUCCACUCAUCUGCUUCCUAAAUACUUCAAGCACAGCAAUUUCUCCAGCUUCGUCCGCCAGCUUAACACAUAUGGUUUUAGAAAAGUCGAUCCCGAUAGAUGGGAAUUUGCUAAUGAGGGGUUUCUGGGAGGGCAGAAGCAUCUCUUGAAGACCAUCAGAAGGAGGAGGAAUGUGAUGCAAGGCGUUGUGGCUCAACAAGCCGGGGGAACUUGUGUGGAGUUAGGGCAGUAUGGAACUGAUGAAGAGCUCGAUAGGUUGAGGCGAGACAGGAAUAUUUUAAUGUCGGAGAUUGUGAAGCUCAAGCAACAGCAGCUGAGCUCAAGGCAGCUAGUCAUGGCAAUGGAAGAAAGGCUUCAAAAUACAGAGAAGAAACAGCAGCAAAUGCUGACCUUUCUUGCUAAAGCUUUCAAGAGCCCGGCUUUCGUGGACAAAUAUGGGAAUAGCAAGAAGAACAUUGAGAUAGGCCAGAAGAGGAGAAUAAGUAUGAGUCCUAGUGUCGAGAAUCUGCUGGAAGUUGCGACUGUUUCCACGGGAAGUAGUCUGAAUUAUGCAAGGGACGAGCAGGAAGAGCUUGCAGGCAUUCAACUGAAGGUGGAGAGUCUUAUCUCUUCUGCGAUGGAGGAUGGAUCAAGCACGGAUGUGAAGGGCUUCUCGACUGAGACAGACCCAGACCCAGACCCCUUGACUGGUUACACCAACGUGAAUGACAUGACCAAUAUGUGGGAGGAGUUCCUGAGUGAUGACCUUAUUGUUGGGGACGAGGCAGAAGAAGUUCUUCCAGUUGAUCGCUUGUCGGAUAUAGAGGUUGAAGAGUUGGUAGCUAACACAUCGGAUUGGGGUGAGGAUUUACAAGACAUUGUAGACCAGUUAGGAUUCCUUUAGGUGUAAGCAUAUAACAGUUCUGAUUGGAUUUCUUGUUGCCUUGGCCUACUAGUACACACGCCUUCGUGCAUCAUCAUGUUUGAUUUGAUUCGUAUAUGUUCUUGUUCUUACAUUAGUUUAGUCGGAGGCCAAAUGUUUGAUUUGAUUCUUAAUGUUCUUGUUCUUACAUUAGUUUAGUCGGAGGCCAAGGGUUAAUCGUACUGCUGUGUAUUCUUGAUGGAAUUUCAAUCAAUUGUAUCUUCUUUAUUUGGCUAUUGAA